GCGGCAUUGUGCGCGCGGCGCAGCCCGGCCCGGGAGGAGCAGGACGCGCCGGGGCCGCCUCCUCCGGAACAGACCGAUGAGCCAGCCGGACAGCGCGGCGGCUCCGCAGGACUAGGCGAUGCUUGUAGAAGAGAAUUGAUGUAACACAUCUCACCCAUGCUGUGUUGUUGGAGGUUAAGGUGGACGGAGCCAGUGCCCCUGGAAGGAAAAGCGAGGUUAACAGGGAACUCUUGAAGCACAGUCAAAAGAGCACCAAGGUGGAGGGCCCGGAGCCAGUGCCGGCUGAGGCCUCGCUGAUUGCUGAGCAGGGGACGAUGACGGAGGUGAAGGUGAAAACAGAAGUACCAGACGACUACAUACAGGAGGUCAUCUGGCAGGGCGAGGCCAAGGAGGAGAAUGCAGGUGGCCAGGAUGGCACUGGCGAUGUGCCUGCCGAGAUCUGCGUGGUGAUCGGUGGCGUCCGCAACCAGCAGACCCUAGAUGGAAAAGCUCCGGAAGGCAGCCCCCACGGCGGAUCUGUUCGGAGUCGGUAUUCAGGGACCUGGAUUUUUGACCAAGCUUUGAGAUAUGCAUCUGGGUCCUAUGAAUGUGGGAUCUGCGGCAAGAAGUACAAGUACUACAACUGCUUCCAGACGCACGUGCGGGCACACCGAGAUACUGAAGCCACCUCAGGAGAAGGAGCCUCCCAGAGCAACAAUUUCAGGUACACGUGUGACAUCUGUGGGAAGAAAUACAAAUACUACAGCUGCUUCCAGGAGCACCGAGACCUCCAUGCUGUGGAUGCUGUCGCCUCCCGCCUGGGUACAGUGUUCAGUGUGGAGGGGGCUCCGGAGAAUCAGGCAGACCCCUUUGACCAAGGUGUUGUGGCCACUGAUGAGGUGAAGGAGGAGCCUCCAGAGCCUUUCCAGAAAAUCGGACCAAAAACCGGCAAUUACACCUGUGAGUUCUGUGGGAAGCAAUACAAGUACUACACACCCUACCAGGAGCACGUGGCCUUACAUGCCCCCAUCAGUACCGCCCCCGGGUGGGAGCCACCAGAAGAUCCAGACACGGGUUCUGAGUGUUCCCAUCCAGAGGUCACCCCAUCUCCACGCUUCGUGGCAGCGAAGACCCAGACGAACCAGUCGGGGAAAAAAGCUCCAGGCUCCGUGGUCCGAUGCACCACCCUCUUACACCGCACCCCUCCAGCUACACAAACUCAGACGUUCCGGACUCCGAACUCGGGAUCUCCAGCAAGCAAGGCAACUGCAGCAGAAAACACUUUCAGUCGCCGAGUAGAAAGCAAAGCACAGAACCACUUUGAAGAGACCAAUAGGAGCUCACAGAAUUCCAAUGAAACUGCAAGUCCCCUGAUUUCCAACCCUUUCCCUCUCCUGCAGAAACCUUACACGUGUGGCGCCUGUGGGAUCCAGUUUCAGUUCUACAGCAACCUGCUGGAGCACAUGCAGUCCCAUGCAGCUGACAAUGAAAACAACAUCACCUCUAACCAGUCUCGAUCUCCACCUGCUGCAGUGGAAGAAAAGUGGAAACCUCAGGCCCAGAGGAACAGUGCCAACAACACCACAACCAGCAGUUUGACACCUAACAGUGUAAUCCCUGAGAAGGAGCGGCAAAACAUCGCAGAGAGGCUACUGCGGGUCAUGUGUGCUGACCUGGGUGCACUGAGCGUGGUCAGUGGGAAGGAGUUCCUCAAGUUGGCUCAGACCUUGGUAGACAGUGGUGCCCGCUACGGGGCCUUCUCAGUCACUGAGAUCUUGGGCAACUUUAACACCCUGGCACUGAAGCACCUGCCACGCAUGUACAACCAGGUGAAGGUGAAGGUGACGUGUGCCCUGGGCAGCAACGCUUGCCUGGGCAUCGGGGUAACAUGCCACUCCCAGAGUGUGGGCCCUGACUCCUGCUACAUCCUCACAGCCUACCAGGCUGAGGGUAACCACAUCAAGAGCUACGUGCUGGGUGUGAAGGGCGCAGACAUUCGUGACAGUGGUGACUUGGUGCAUCACUGGGUGCAGAAUGUGCUAUCAGAAUUCGUGAUGUCAGAGAUCCGGACCGUAUAUGUGACAGAUUGCCGGGUGAGCACGUCUGCCUUCUCUAAGGCUGGCAUGUGCCUUCGCUGCUCAGCCUGUGCCUUGAACUCAGUGGUGCAGAGUGUGCUGAGCAAGCGGACGCUGCAGGCCCGCAGCAUGCAUGAAGUCAUCGAGCUUCUGAAUGUGUGUGAGGAUCUGGCAGGCUCGACCGGCCUGGCCAAGGAGACCUUCGGUUCUCUGGAGGAGACGUCACCACCACCCUGCUGGAACUCUGUGACAGACUCGCUGCUACUGGUGCAUGAGCGUUAUGAGCAGAUCUGCGAGUUCUACAGCCGUGCCAAGAAGAUGAACCUCAUCCAGAGCCUCAACAAGCAUUUACUGAGCAACCUGGCCGCCAUCUUGACACCGGUGAAGCAGGCGGUCAUAGAGCUAAGCAACGAGAGCCAGCCCACCCUGCAGCUGGUGCUCCCUAUCUACGUCAGGCUAGAGAAACUGUUCACAGCCAAGGCCAACGAUGCGGGCACCGUCAGCAAGCUGUGCCAUCUCUUUCUGGAAGCACUCAAGGAGAACUUCAAGGUGCACCCAGCCCACAAGGUGGCCAUGAUCCUGGAUCCUCAGCAGAAACUUCGGCCUGUGCCACCCUACCAGCACGAGGAGAUCAUUAGCAAGGUGUGUGAACUCAUCAAUGAGGUAAAGGAGUCCUGGGCUGAGGAGGCCGACUUCGAGCCUUCUGCCAAGAAGGCUCGCUCAGCCACUGGCGAGCACCCCACAGCUCAGGAGGAUGACCGGCUGGGCAAGAAUGAAGUAUACGAUUACCUUCAGGAACCCCUCUUUCAGGCCACUCCCGAUCUCUUCCAGUACUGGUCAUGCGUGACCCAAAAGCACACAAAACUGGCCAAACUAGCCUUCUGGCUCCUGGCAGUUCCUGCUGUGGGGGCUCGAAGUGGGUGUGUAAAUAUGUGUGAACAAGCACUUCUGAUCAAAAGGAGGCGACUGCUUAGUCCCGAAGAUAUGAACAAGCUCAUGUUUUUGAAAUCCAACAUGCUUUAAGACUCAACUUUGAGGGAAAGAAAAAAAAAGACAAAAAGAAGAAAGACAUUAGGAAAACACACACACAACACUGUCACAAACAAAGAAAUUUAAGUUCUAAACACUGUGGAACCUCAUUGUAAAUGCCCCUUGGGAACUUAAGUGCUUUUUUUUUCGGUGUGUGUGUGUGUGUGUGUGUGUGUGUGUGUGUGUGUGUGUGUGUUGUGUAGUGUAUGCACAUGUGUCCAUACCCACACACAUGACAUUGCAUGGGUAAAGGGUGUGGGAAGCUCAUACUCAAAUGCACAGCCAGAGGACCUCCACAUGUGUGCGCACACACACACUCAGAGACAGACACACACACACAAACACACAACCCUGGUGCGUGCACGCAUGCCUUUCCUCAGGUGUGUUUGCAUUGAGCGGGGUGUGCCAGGAAAGCUAAGAGACUGGGAAAGUAGGAGUGGUUUCGUUUUUCUCGGACAGGGGCUCUAAGGACUCCAUUUUCAGGUGUGCAGAUUGGGAGAGGCUGGGGUUGUGAAAUAUUCAGGCAGCUGAGGGCUGAAGUGGCUUGAACUUCCACCCCCGACCCCAGCCUUCCCUCACCAUCCCUUCAUCCCCUCAACCCAUGGUGCCCCAGCUGCUCUGACCGAUUCCCCAGACUGCGUCAGAUGGACAGAUUCUGCACUGGACUUUAUUUCUUGUUUCACCUUCAGGGCAUUAAGCUGCUGUACCUGUGACCUCCCCCUCAGAUGUCCAGGGCAGCUGCCUUAGAAUACACACUAUCUAUCUCCCCAAAUCAGGAAAGGAGGCUCUAGAAAUAUAAAGCUGAUGUUCUACUUUUUAAUAUAAGAGAGAGAAAAAAACAACUUUCUUUUUCCAGAGACAUAUAGCUAACUCUCCACUCCUUUUUUUUUUUAAUUAUCGUCAUGCUUUUUUUUAUCUUUUGGGGGAUUGGGUUUCUUUUCACAUGUGAUUUAGACUCUUCUGGGAGGCACUGAAUGUCUGACUUAUGUUCCAGAGUCUUGUUUGUUUUACUUGCCCCUUUUUAUUCCUAUGUCACACUGUAAACGAGCUCAUCUCAGUGGCGGUGUUCAGGACUUGCAAAACCAAGGUCAAGGUCAUGGCUGUGGGUCUGGAGUAGGGAGUUGGGAGGAGUCGUGGGUCCUUGGCUGUGGGGCUUGGUGGAAGCUAUCAUGGGAAGCAUGUGGCUUUAGGGGUCCUGAAUGUCAUCGAGAGAGCCGUUGCCUGGUUCCUGCCUGUGGUAGUGUGAAUGUCCACUUCUUGAAUGUCUGUCUCCUGUACUCAGACUGUUUCCUCACCACAGCCUGACCUCCAGUUCUGCAGGGACACUAAGUCCAUGUUUGUGUCUGCCAGACCCACAGUCUCUCUCCCUCCCCAAAUCCCAGGGGUUCUGGAGUUUGUGGCCCUCAGAGGUCCCCACAGGCACCUCAGACCAGUAUGUUGCUGGUUGAGCAGUUGGCAUCCUGCAGGUGGAUGUGCUUGACUAAAUGCUGUGAAAGGGAUUUUUAACCCUUGCUUCUAAUCCCCUUGGCCAGGAACUAAUGCUCUUAUACACAGUCCAGAUGCCAAGAGGGGGCUGCCAUUCUCUUCACAGGAUGACGAGCAUAACCACCCCGUAAAGGUCUUGCUUGGUGUCUCUGAUUCCUCCAGAGACCACAGCAGUGGUGUGGGGAUGCUUACACUUCAGGCUGAGAAUGGCCGCCCCUGAGGGGUUAUUUGCAAAAGCAUCUCUUCUACCUGGGGCUUGGACUGCCCCCUCCUCCAACAUAAAGCAUUACUCAACUGAAAGAUACCUCGACUUCAAACGCUCUGCCCGUAGCCCUCUUCCCUGGGUCACCAGGGCAGGAGGGAGGAAGAUGUUUAAAGACUCAGCGGCUUCCAGUUCUGCUCAAGGCUCCAGAACUCCGUCCUUGAGACUUAAGCCCACACUCUUCACCUCACAAGGCUAAGCAAGCUCUCCUGUGGAGUUUCAGACAUACAAACAGAUCAGAGAAGGCUGCGUCCACAUCGACUCCAGCAAGCUAUGGUCUCAGGAACCACCAUACAAUACCUACUGCAGGGGAUGUUCUAGACAUUUCCAUCAUGGCGUCUUCAACUUGGCCCUUAUCAUCAGAGGAACCUCUGUCCACAGUGGAGAGAUCCAGACAAGAACUGAGCGUCGAUCCCUGAAGAAUGUAGGAAUGUCUUCACACUGCCCAUGGCAUUCCAGGAGGUGGACUCUGGCUUGAUGGUGAAGGAUACCUCCAGUCUCCCUCAUCUGUUGGGAAUGGGGCCAUAACCCAGCACUUGUAGCCACACUGGAAGCUGGGUGCUUAGUGCAGUCAGUGAAAACAGAUCCUCAGGCAGAGCUGGGCCCGAGCUCCUGUCCCAGCCAAGCCCAGAUGCGCACUGCAGGUAUUCUUUUGGAGUAUGGAAUAUUCUCCUUCCAGAAAGAAAAUUAGUGUUAAACUCCAGGCAUCUGGUCAUAGGCUGUCACCUCCCGUCCAGUUCAUUUGCACCUUGAAUCACCUGUCCUUGGGGCUUAGGUUGCCUCUCUAGGUUCAGCGUGAGCCCCAUUUAAAUCCUCAGAAUCCCGUCUCUGGGUUGCCUCAUCCUUAAAGAUUGUAAGGUGGUAGGUUGUCGUUUCUCUCUAGUGUCCCCAACCGGAAAAACUGUGCCCAGUGUCUGCCGUCGUAUGGGUCAUCUCCACAGUACCCAUCCUCAAUCAACAGCUCAGUAAAUCCCAAAGAUCUCCCAGGUCCAGCCACAGGCCCCAUCGACAGCAAUAUCCAACUUACCAAAUUCUAGUUCAGCCAAAGCACUAAGAUAGGCUCUUUCAGUGGAUCUGCAGUGGCCUGGGCUGGCCUCACACUUCAGAAGGAUUUUGUCAUCUGCCUCCUGAUUCUGUGACCACUAUAGGUCUUUCCACCAUAGGCUAUUGGGGGCUGGGACACCAGGAAGCUGGGCCAUUUCUAGCAUACAGCCUACCUUAAGCUGUAUGAUUCUCUGGACAAAAAUGGUCAUUGCUUUAACAUCCAUAGACCCAAACACAGAAGUAGAAAAGAGGCGCUUCCGUUGGCAAGGUUCUACCCCAGUCUGCAGUCACUUUGUUUUACUGGUGAAGCCCAAGCCAGGGCCUGCAGCUGUUUGCCUGGGAUUCAGUCACUCAAGAGAUCUCAGGUCUAUGAGGAAUGGUUGUACAUGGAAGCACUUGUUUCAGCAUGGUUCUGUUCCCAACACCCGAGCCCUCCUGACAAGCUUCCCUUGCAUGGCUUUCAGCGCCCACGAUGCAUUGAGUUCUGUGUGAACACAGCUGCCCGAAUCCCACCCGUAGGGCUGGCUUGCACAGGAAGCUGCAUGCUACAGCAGGAACAAUGCCAUCACUGUUCCACUUGGUGACUCUGCAUUUGCGGGGUUGGCCCUUGGCUGAGGGAAAGGUAAGCUGCUUCCUGGUGAGAAGGGCAGCUGGUGACACUGGUGAGAGCUCAUCUCCAGGCUUCUAGGAAGAACCUGGACACCAGCCGUGUGGGCUAGCCAAGAGUCUUCAGUUCAGUUCGACAACUUUUAUCUCCUGCACUUUGAAGAAACGGAAGACUUCUGCAAGGCCUGUUUUCCACUGUGAAGCUGAGUCUCUGCUUUAGAGCCCCUCCCCCCUUUUUUUUCUUUUUUUCUUUUUUUUUUCAGCAAGGUCCACUAUUUUCCUGACCUUGGGCUAGACUUCCUGAGGAGAGUGUGGGAGCCAUACAUACUCACUCUGAGAACACAGGGUCACCAGGAAGUAUCGAAGCUCCAAUGUAGGUGCAAUGCCACCCCAGACCUUGUCAUGUCAUGCUUGAAGAGGAGAGCACGGAACACUCGUUACCCCACAAGCGAGGCCAAGCUCCUAGCUUCCUGGUCUUGGCAGUGGUGUGACCCUGCCAUGUCUGUCACAUGUCUAGAAGGUUUCUGGAGGACAGAACCAAGAGAGUGAGGCUCAGGCUAUACCCUGGAGACAGUGCACAGGGGCUCCUGUCCCCAGGGCAGUGGGAGAGCUGGCGAGGAGGCUUCCCCCAUCCCCUUCACUGUGGCAAACGUUUGCUAGGCCAGUUAUGGCAAACCAAUGAUGCGGUGUUUCCUCAUGUUCCCCUCCCAUCUCCCCUACUCGGGCUCUCCAGGGGGAUUUUGUGGCUGUGGCUUUUCUUCCUUUCUCAUUUGGGUCUGAGGAUGGUAGUCUGGAGAGCCCUGGCGUUGACCAAGGGAACCUGUAGUCUCUGAGCAUGUACAGGCCUCCCAUACAAGAGGGUGGUGCUUUAAGGUUCCACUCCCAUAUGGGAAGUUGUCUAGCCUUGGGAGUUGGCAUUGGCAUCACCACCCAUCAAGGUCCUACCCCAUCCUUGGGCACCUUGACUCUUUGAACCAAAGUUCCUUAAAGGGGCAGAGCCCAACCUUGUCCUUAGGAGCCAGAAUUUGCAGGCCCGCUGGAAGGAGGGCUCCUCCCACAAUCUAGGUGCCAGAAGGCUCACCCAGGACCGUUCUCCCACCCAGCCAGGCUUCCCAAACAGGGCUCGAGCGUGUGACCUGACUUGGGCUGGGCCUGGCCAACCAUGAAAGAGCAAGAGCCAUGUGGCAGGGCCUUCCAGAUCCCAGGCAUCAGGAAACCAUUUUGUAUAACAACCCGAAGCAGUGAUAUUUUUUAAGAUGCAUGAAUUAUUUUCAGUUGUCUUCUGAUCCUAUCUUUGUUUUCUUCUUUUCCCCACAACUUCACGUUGGUGAUCCGUUCACAUCAGGUAAAUCUUGAGAACGCCUUGGUGCCCCAUUCCUCCUGCCCCCCUACUCAGUGACCACGUGUGUGAGCCUCCAUCCUGUCUCAGUAGUAAAGACGUUCUAGGCAAUACCAUAGACACAUCUGUGUCUCGCUUCGAGUGCAAGAAACUCAAGUCAUCUUAAAAAAAAAUUUAAAAACACAAAAAAAAAAUUUACAAAAAAGCAAACACACACACAAAAAUAUCUUUUUUAGGCCAGAGUUUUCUACAGGUAUUAAUGAAUAUUUUUCUUAAUCCUUAUAAGUUUUAUGUGUUUAAUAUUUCUUAAUACCAGUAGUAUUAAUUUAUACUUUUGUAGCAACAUAAUAUUUUUAUAAACAGCCAGUGCUUGGCUCAAGUCUUCACGGGGGUUUAUGCAGGGCUAUCUUAGGGACCCUGUGUACCAUGUACUGUAUUUAAAAAAAAAGUUACCCAGUGUCACACUUGCUGUGUUAAUUAACAGAGAAGUCAUUGGCGGUCUCCUGUAUGGAUGGUGUGGACCCAACAGUCCUUCAGGGAGCCACACUGCAUGGGGGUUGAGUUGCCAGUUCUUGUGAUACAUAAACUCCCAAGGCCAAACUUGAGGGUUUAUUGAGGACUUUCUGUGUGUCCUUUGGGGUGUUUUACUUUACUUUGGUUUGGGUACUGUUUCUCCAUUUUACAGCCAAAUUGGUUUCAUGGCGUUUAACAAUUUUACUGAUGUCAAGUGGAAGAAAGGAACAGAACAUUUUUAAAAAGAUUUUUACAAAGUAAUACAAUGUGAAACUGAGCUGUUUCAAUGUUACUGUUUUUACAUGUCUGUUUUUGUCCACAAGUGGAAUACUCCCAUGACUAUAGGGAAGAGGAAGGUUCCACUGGGUUCCUUAAGUCACCAAAAGCCCUGGCCCAAGAUUCAGUUCCUCCCCCCGACCCCCCAAACCAUUUCCCAGCUGGUUGAUGCCAAGGUAAAAAGACAUCCUUCAAUGACUAGAGGAUCAGUCGCCUAAGUGCGCUCACGAACGAGUUCAUGUCAGUGUUGUAUUUAUGGUUUUACAAUAAAACGACCUUUAGGAA